CAACCGCUUUGUUGAAUGACCAGAACGCCGACAAGAUUCGCCGCAAAAUGUCACAAUCCGAGCGUGGUUCCGUCAAUGUUCCCGAGAGAGCUCUAAUCUCAAAGAUAGUUCGUAGUUCGUCCUGUACCAUCCCCUCGGAGAUUCUUGACUUUGACUACUCCUACGGCUACGAUUGCAAGCGUCCUUUCAACCUGUGCAAGAUCGACGAUGGUGUCCUGGUGUUCGCUUCCGGUAAUCUGAUCCACUUCUUGGAUGUUGCCACCCGUACGGUAACGACCCGCCGCAGCUCAACGGGCGGUGGCAUCGGGUGCAUCCAGAUCAAUCCGAACCCCGAGCUGUGCCACCUGACCGUGGGGGAAAACGGCACGGAUCCGCCGGUCAUCAUCUACCAGUAUCCGGAGAUGACCGUGGUGAACAUCCUGAACAAUGGCACCACGCGGUCGUACAGCCGGAUCGAUUACAACGCCAGUGGGGAGCUGCUGGCGUCGCAGGGUGGCGACCCGGACUACAUGCUGACGGUGUGGAACUGGCGCGAGGGCGAGAUCAUUCUGCGCUGCAAGUCCUUCUCGAACGAUGUGAUCAACGUGAUGUUUUCGCCGAGCGUGCCCGGACAUUUGACGUCGUGUGGGUUGGGCCACAUCAAGUUCUGGAAAAUGGCAGAAACCUUUACCGGACUGAAGCUUCAGGGAGAGUUGGGUCGCUUUGGUAAGACCGAGAUUUCCGACAUUGUGGGUAUUCUUCCGAUGCCAGACGAAAAGGUGCUCUCCGGGUGCCAGUGGGGAAAUGUUCUGGUUUGGGAGGCGGGUUUGAUCAAGCUGGAAGUCUGUCGCAAGGGUAGAAAGCCGUGCCAUCUGGGGCCAAUCACGCAGAUUAGUGUCCGCGAUGGUGAGGUCAUGACCUGCGGCAUGGACGGGUUCAUCAGGGUGUGGUUCUGGGAGACAGUGGAACUGGCUGAUCCCCCGGAUGACGAUAGGGUUGUGCAGAUUGAACCGAUCAUGGAGUUCAAGAUUGGAAGUGAGUCGUACAAUAGCGAGUUGAUGUGUUUGAUACGGAAGGAGGGUGAUUUCCAGUGGUACGCCCAGGAUGGAAAUGGUGGAAUUUGGGAAUGUGACAUCACACCGGCGUACAAGCCCGCGGCACCUCAACAAUUGCUCAAGUGUCACGCCGGACCGAUCGUGGCGGUUCAGACAAGUCCGGUCUCGAACCACGUGGCCACACUCGGCAGUGAUGGAAGAUUGUUCAUGUACGAUUACACCAGCAGAGAGAUGAUCUUCGAUUAUCAGUUCAGUUCGAGUGGUCGCGCCAUGCUUUGGUUUCCGUUCAGCGUUGAUCCAACCGGAUUGGCAAUGGUUCUGGGAUUUGAGGAUGGUUUUAUUCGCAUCGUCACCGUAUGUUUGGACGACUCAGAUACCGAAUGUCCGGUGAAGUUGAUACAAGUGAUGAAGUCACACUCGGAAGCGAUCACCGUUCUGGCGAUGAAUGUAAGGGAAACUAUUCUCGUUUCCGGAUCGGAGGACAAGAGCAUCUUUGUACAUCAGCUCAUUCGCGGAAACCCUCACGUGAGUCUCGAACCAAUCGGAUUGGUCUACACGCCAUCUGCAAUGUCAACAAUCAACUGGAAACCUCAGGCUGCAGCCACGGCUAUUCUCGGCUGUCGCCACGGUCAAGUACUGGAAGUUGAACUUCCGGAAGAACCGGAAUCCUACACGGACGUGUCUUUCCACCUGAAGAACACCGACAUACGACAACUUACCUUUCAGUCUGUGAAGUCUGAGAUCAAAAGAAACAUCCACAUCGCAGAGAUUGAAGAGAAGAAGCAGAAAAAGCGCGUCCGGAAGAUGAAAUCUCUGGAGCGCAUUCGGGUGGAGAAUCCCGGCGUGGAAAUCGAUCAAGAAGCUUUCUUGGAAGACUCUGAAGAGGAGGAGGAGCUGGAACCGCUGUACAUUCCCAAGAUUCCCAACGCGGUGCUGUGGGUGCAGUACACAGAGGAGAACACCUUGUGGCUAUCGAUGGCUGGUUACGAUGCGGGUUUCGUGUACGAGUACGGAUUCGACGACGAAGACCCGAUCUCGUGCACACCCAUUCCGGGCGCAGAGGACACCGAGAUUACAAGCUACAUUUUUGACCACAACUACCUGAUCUUUGGCAUGGGUGAUGGUUCGAUCCGCGUGAACCGCGUACACGAGGACUUUCGCAACCUGAACGACUACUGGAAGCUGAACAUGCACUACAACCUGAGCGGCAAGGUGACCGGACUAGCGUUCAGCUAUGACUUUCAGUAUUUGUUCAGCGUCGGAACCGACGGCAAUCUGUUCGCCUACAAGUGGCACUCGGAUGAGGCACCCGUCGCGGCGCUCAAAAGAAAAACAACCGAAGACGAACUGACCCUGACAGAGGACAUUGACGAUCCCGCGUUUCUCUCGCUUGAACAACAAAAGAUCAAGCAGGAAAACGACCGAAAAGCAAAACUGUUGAACGAUCGGAAGAACGAAAUCCUCAACACCGUCGCGGAAUAUCGCAAGCAGUUUGAAGCGAUCCUGGCGCGCAACCAGGCCCUGCCCGAGUCCCAGAGAAUUCCUAUGGAAUGCUUCGAUCUGGACGAGCGCAUUACGGCGGACUUGAAGCGGGAGCUGCAAGCGGAAAUGGACCUGGUUAAGCGCAAGACGGCGUUUGACGUUGAGAAGGCGCGACUAUCUGGUGAGAAGCUGCGAAAGUUCUUUUUGGAAGAGAUGGAAAGCAUGCCGAUCGAGGUGCUGGGAGUUAGGAUUGAAACUUCGGUCAAGUCGUUCCGUAUUGGGAAGCUGAAUGAUGAAUACUUUCAAACAGUUGCCGAUUUGAAGGAGCGAAUCGAAGCAGAGGAAGCUCGACGAAGAUUAGCGAAAACCACCGACCAUGCCAAGCUCGAGAACCGCGAGGACUCCCAGCAGGACAAACGGGAGUCGUUCCUCGAGGGGCUAACCCAGUCGACGAUCGACUUCAAGCUGGAAACGAAGAUGCGCCGUUUGCUGGCCAAGUAUCGCGAGCGAAAGUCGAAGGAGCAGGUUCGAAAGAUGGAGUGGGAAGACCUGAAAAGUAAGAAGCCCGAUCCUAACGUAAACCAUCCGGAUGACGAUCAGGCCAUCAAGGAAGCUGCCAGCACGAUUGGAGACUACAAACUGAAAACCGACGCCGGAUAUGAACCUAAUGAGGAGGAGCUGGAAACCACGAUGACAAAGUAUCGUGACCUGUUGGCGGUUAGAAACGAGAUUUUUACAAUUCGUAACAACUACAACAAGGAGGUCUUUGCGCUUCGGGAUAAGAAGAAGGAACUUAUGGAGUACGUGGAGCAAAAGAAGCAAAAACUGCUCGGGAUUCAUGACGAGCUGCCGGAGGAUCAGCGUAAACUUCCGACUGUUGAGGUUAAAAUAAAUGAAGAAGUUGAAUAUCCAGAAAAUAAGUUCAAACUUCAAGAAGAAACCGAGGCAGUUCGCGACCAAAGAGCGGCUAAGCCGAAGCCCAAGCUAGAGUAUGGCAGCACUGCAUACGUUGAACACAUGCAGAAGUACUAUUUGGGUUUGACGCCGUGCCCGAGCGGAACCCCGUUCACACCGACGGGUACAGAGUGGGAAACUGAGCUUCGUCGAACGAGGCUCAUCAAAAUGACGUACAAGCAGGAUAAAAUCAUUAACAAAAUCAUGAAACGCAUUGACGAGUUUGAUCAGGAUUUAACCAAACUUGCGGAACGACGAUUGAAGGUCGAGCUGGACGCCAAGUACUUGGAAAUCUAUCAGCUGACGCUCUACCAAGAGCUCUGGAUCCUGAAGGACUUCGAAAAGAUUGAACGCAAAAUGAUCGGCACCGUCGAGGAUCUCACACUGGAGCGCAACGGUCUGCAGAAGUCAAUCAUCGACGCCAAGCACUGUAUCGAGCAGACAAAGCAGGAGAUGGAGCACAUCCGCACCGAGCAGAAGGCGAUCGUGCAGCAAUUUACCGCUCACUGUGCGGACAACAGCUUCCUGCCGUUUCUCAAGCGAAUCUUCAAGAAAAAGUACAAACCUUGUCGGAUCAACCAGGACAGAGACCAGGACACGGAAUCGUCGAGCGAGUACUCGUCCGAAGAUAUUGACGCGCUGGAGAGUGCAGUCGAGGGCGAGAUCAGCAAGAUCUUUCUGGACGAGCAGCCGUGUCCGCUUGGGUGCGACCCGGAGCUGUACGAGCUGACGAUCAAGCUGCGAAACGAGAAGAACGAGCUGGAAAAGCGUCAGUACGAGGAGAACAAGGCACUGAACGAGACGAUUAAGAUGAUGGAGAACUACAAGAUGAAGAUGGCGUACGUGGAGACUCGGUUGACGGACAAGAAGCGGGAACUGCUGAAUUUCAGGCGCGAGAAGCAAGCUCGACUCAACGACAUUGAUACGCUGGUGAUCUUGAAGAUGGAUCAGCUGCAGUACUUUAGGACGGAGACGGAGUUUUACGACAUUGAAAACAGUCUGCUGUUCAACAACGAGAAGCUGAUGAAGCUGUACUCGCGGGUGGGUCAGCUUGCGAUGGAAACCCUGGAGACGAAGCGCAAACAUCGCAUCAACGUAGUUCAUCUGGCACGAAUGCGGACGGAUAUAAAGUUUAUGGAUCAGCAGAUUGUCGAUUUGAAGGAGGAAAUAAAUCAAGCGAUGAUCAAGAAGUUUGGUCGAGUUAUCAACUUGGACGAGCUGGAGGAAACGAUUCUGAGGAAGUUUGCGUUUGAGAUGAGAGCGAAUAUGGACGACGUUAAGAAGAGUUAUGCGGAGAGGGCUCGGGACUUGAAGAGCCUUCACUCUAAAAAGCAGGAAGAGCUGACGAAGGUGAUUCAGGAAGGCACGGAAAAGCUUCACGUUCUGACAGUAUUGCAAGAGGAGAAUAACAACUUGACAAAGAUGUUGGCGAACCAGAAGAAACUACUUGAAAAACGUGAGCAAAUGCAGAUCAACUAUGACAGUGAUUUGAUGAAGCUCAAGGAGAUCGCGAAAGCUCAAAAAGAGCAAAUCAAUAUGCUUCAACGGGACAUUAGAACUCUGAGUAUGAAGUGCAAGCCACUGAGCUCGGAAACUGCGCAGAUCUUAGAACCCAUGACCCAAACAAGAUCACCGAAGAUUGCGGACGAUUCAACUUAUCCGAACGUGAUGGAUUCGGCUCCACCCAGCACGCGAGCCAGCUCACCGGACAACUUCCUGUACAAUGAGAUCUCCUCUCUGGUUGACGACUUCCUGGUCGAUCAUUUGGGAACCAUCGUACAAAAAUCAGACAUCAAGCGGGUCGUCACACACCUCUCCCACUACCUCUCAAACAUCAUCGCAAACUUUGCCCCGGAACAUGCCAGCGACCUGCUGCCACAUAUCAUCGAAAACUUCAAGUCCUUCAUCCCAGAGGAGCUUCUCCUAACAAUCCCACCCCAAUCGAUCGCCGAACUAAUCGAGAACAUCUUCCGAACCUUCAAGGAGGGCUACGACAUUGACACCAAAGAGAUCCUCGCCGAAAUCGUCAACAACAGCCUGGAAAUGGUGCCGCCAGCAUCCCAAAACUACUCCCACAACAUUCUGGCAGACAUCCUGAAGCAAGUUUUGUCCACGCUGCACGUUUCGGACGUGACCCACCCGGAGACGGUCAACUUUAUUGCGAACGGUCUGCGGAACAAACCCGGCAUUGAUCCACCGGCGGUAAACGUGGAGCUGCUUACGUCGGAGCUGCUUCAGUACGCCGCGGAGAAUAUGGUCGAUGACAUUGGCCAGGAAACGGUGAAGCAUGUGAUUGAGGGAAUUUUGCACCACAGUGCUAAGUAGAGAGUUGGGAUUUGUGUUAACGACGUUGAUGAUUU